UGUCGAACUUCAACACACGCGCAGAGCAAACCUCCUUUGACCUCUCUAUACCCGUGACUGGCAUGUCGAAAACGACUCUCGCCAUAGUCGCUGCGACGUCUGCGGCGGCUGGCGCGUCACUCAGCGCUCUGAUCUUCUCCCGACCGUCGAAAAGCACACCCGUUCCAUUACCUACUGCUCCAGUAAAAGAUGCUGCUCCGAAACCCAUCGUCCCAGUCCCUGCUCCGCCAGCACCAGUUGCGGUACCCAAUCCAGUCCCUGUGAUUGCACCGACGCAAUCUGCCCUCCCAGCUGUAGUGUCCCCUGUCGAUCCAGCUGGAAUACUUCGGUAUGGCUUCCCUGGCCCGAUUGCAGACACUCUCUCGACGCCCUCACACCUGUCCUCCUUCAACCGGUUCACACGAAAUCCACACUGGGUUGCGGAGCAUUUCACAGCACAAUCGUUACUCCUGAACAAUGGCUCCCGCAGAAACAGCGUCUUCUACGAGGACCUUUCAGUCCCUCCGAUGUUUCGGGCGAAAUUGACGGAUUAUGCACGAAGUGGCUACGACCGAGGUCACCAGGUGCCCGCAGCCGAUGCGAAAUGGUCGCAACCGGCAAUGGAUAGCACCUUUGUUUUGAGCAACAUGUGUCCGCAAGUCGGCGAGGGGUUCAAUCGAGACUACUGGGCGCACUUUGAGGAAUUCUGCCGAAAUUUGACCAAGAGAUAUCCCAGCGUACGAGUAGUGACGGGACCACUGUAUCUACCUAAAAGGGAUGAAAAAGACGGAAAAUGGAGGGUGUCGUAUGAAAUGAUUGGCAAUCCUCCCAACGUGGCGGUGCCGACUCACUUCUACAAGAUCAUCUUUGGCGAAGAAGCUGCCAAUGAUCCGACUGGUAGAGUGGCAUUGGGGGCAUUUGUGCUGCCAAACGCCGAGAUCCCCAACACCAAAAGUCUGAAGGACUUUGAGGUUCCGUUGGAGGCGGUCGAGAGAGCGAGUGGACUGAUGUUUGCUGAGAAAGUGCCUUCAGACAGACGAAAACAGCUCUGCAGAGAGGUGAGAUGUGAGAUCAUCGUUCGAGAAUUUGACAAGGCCAGGCAGCAGACGCGGCCACCAUUGCCGCAACCAGGAGGUGGUAGAUGGUGAUGGAAUUUCUUCGUCUAUUGCAUAGCGUUUCAUUUGAAGGUGCAAUAUAAGGAAGCGAAUGUUACAUAUUCAUACAUUAGGUACAGGGCUGUAUACCAACUUUGGAUAUCCCACUGGUAACUUCUGGAAAAUUGGCUCUGUUUUGUCCAACAGUGCUCGUCUUG